UAACUACUACUGGUUAAUUCCCCUAUAUAAGGAAGACUCUUCUGUCAAACCUUUUCAUUCAACAAGCAACAGUUUUCUCUCUCUCUUUUUCUCUCAACUCUUUCUUCUCUCUCUUCUCUUGAUUUAUUCUCUCUGUGACCAUAUAUAUCAAAACUCAUCAUCCUUUAAUUUAAGAAAAAGACUUUCUCAGCAAAUAUUCGAGUCCCAUCUCAGAAUUAAACAAACAAAGAUAUAUAGUUGAUAUAUACAAUAUGGGUAUAGAGAUUGAGCAACCUUCAGUUGGUUUAUCAAAGGUGGCGAAUUCUGACACUCAUGGAGAAGACUCGCCCUAUUUUGCUGGCUGGAAAGCAUAUGAUGAAAAUCCUUAUCAUGAAAUCACUAACCCAUCAGGUGUCAUACAGAUGGGAUUAGCUGAGAAUCAAGUUUCAUUUGAUUUGCUAGAGAAGUACUUAGAAGAGAACUCAGAAGCCUGCAGCUGGGGAAAAGGAGUGUCGAGUUUUAGAGAAAAUGCUUUGUUUCAAGAUUACCAUGGCCUUUUAUCUUUCAGACAAGCAAUGGCAAGUUUCAUGGAGAAAAUUAGAGGAGGAAGAGCUAAAUUUGACCCCAGUAGAAUUGUCCUCACUGCCGGCGCAACCGCAGCCAAUGAGCUUUUGACAUUCAUUUUAGCCGAUCCAGGCGAUGCUUUGCUCAUUCCAACCCCAUACUAUCCAGGAUUUGAUAGAGAUUUAAGGUGGAGGACUGGAGUGAAAAUUGUACCAAUACACUGCAAUAGCUCAAACAAUUUCCAAAUUACCCCUGAGGCUUUAGAGGCUGCAUAUAAUGAAGCUGAGUCCAUGAACGUUAAAGUGAAAGGUGUUCUCAUCACUAACCCUUCCAACCCUUUGGGAGCCACCAUCCAACGCUCAGUACUUGGGGAGAUUCUCGAUUUCGUCACGCGAAAAAACAUCCAUCUCGUAUCUGACGAAAUCUACUCGGGAUCGGUAUUCUCUUCCUCGGAAUUCGUGAGCAUUGCCGAGAUUUUGGAGGAACAAAACUACAAAAACUCUGAACGAGUUCACAUUGUUUACAGUCUCUCCAAGGACCUGGGACUUCCUGGGUUUCGUGUCGGGACGAUAUACUCGUACAACGAUAAAGUGGUGACAACGGCAAGGAGAAUGUCGAGCUUCACGUUGAUAUCUUCUCAGACUCAACAUCUCUUGGCUACUAUGCUUUCAGACGAGAAAUUCACUGAUAAUUACAUAAAGACUAACAGAGCAAGGCUGCAAAAGAGAUACGAGAUGAUAAUUUCAGGGCUGAAGAAAUCGGGGAUCGAAUGUUUAAAAGGGAAUGCGGGUUUGUUUUGCUGGAUGAACUUGAGUCCGCUUUUGGAAAAACCUACGAGAGAAGGUGAGUUGAAACUCUGGGAUUCGAUUCUCGGCGAGAUGAAACUCAAUAUCUCGCCGGGAUCUUCAUGCCAUUGCUCCGAACCGGGAUGGUUCAGGGUGUGUUUCGCUAACAUGAGCGAGCACACACUUGAAGUGGCUUUGAAAAGAAUACACAGUUUUGUGGACCAAAGAGAUCGAAAGACUACAAAAACAAAUUAUUAAUUAAUUUUUGGUGGUCUCUCUCUAGUACAAAGUAAAAUCUCUUCUCUCUCUUUUGAUCUUCAAGAUCAGUACACUAUUUUUUUUUAGUAUUGUCACUUAAAUUUUUACUUUUUAUUAUGAUCUUGCAAUUCUUAACCCAAUGAAUUUCAAGAUUUAUUAGGGGUUUUUAUUUUUCUCAUGAUCAUAUGUAAUAGUAGUUGUAAAUCAUGAUUUAUAUAAUAUGUAAUGAUAUUUUUGCUUGCUUUGCUUUUAGCGAAGGAAGUUCUCAUCA